GAGCGGAGUGGAGGUUUGUGGUGCUGCCGCGUGAGCUCUCGCAGUUUCCUGCGCCGGUUAUAACGGGUCUGUGCGGCGAUGGAGGGUCAUUCUCGUGCUGGAGACUACAGAGACGGUAGUGGUGAUAGUGAUUUCUUUGACCGAAUGAAGAAUAACUGGGGACGAGAAGCGGACAUGUUUUUCGACCAAGACGCGCGUGCUCCGGGUUGGGGAACAGGAUUUUCACGUGGAGGGAUGUCUAUGGGCCCCGACCCGGAGAUGGAGGAGAUGCGCGGCCGCGCCCGGCCCAAGUUCCGCAGCUUCGACGCGCUGCGGCCGGGCGUGUUCGCGCCUCGCCCCUUCCAGCGGGAGCGCCGCACCUCGGGCGAGCCGGCGUGGACGCCUUCACUGGCACGAAGGGCGAGAAGCAAGUACAUAUUCCUCGACGAGAUGCUGACGCGGGAGCUCAUCAAGCUGGACGAUGUGGAGACUGGCGGCGACGACGAGGUGCGGACAUCACGAAAGGACGUCAUCAUGAGCAUCCAGAACUGCCUGGGACGGUUGGAGCGGCAGAGCAGCGUUGCAGCGGCGGAGCAGACCGCGGGCGAGCAGCCCAGUGAGACGGAGCAGCUGCCGACGGGCUGA